GGCGGCGGCGGCGGCGGCGGCGGCGGCGACUGAGGCUGCCGUGGGGAGGGAUGGAGAGGGGAGGGGGGAGCGGAGCCGAGCGGAGACAGCCGCGGCGCUGCAGAGCGGCUGGGGCGGCGGCGCGGCUCCCGGUGCUCCCCCCGGCGCGCGCCCCGAGUCGGUGAGGGCCCGGCCCCGAGGCCCCCAGAGCCAUGGGCUGCAUCGGCUCGCGGACAGUGGGGAACGAGGUGAUCGCAGUGGAUUGGAAGGGCCUGAAGGAUGCCGACCAAAUCAACAUGGACAGCACCAGCUCACUGCACGGGAGCAGCCUCCACCGGCCGUCUACAGAGCAAACUCGAACGGAUUUCUCCUGGGAUGGCAUCAACCUCUCCAUGGAGGACACCACUUCCAUUCUUCCGAAGCUUAAGCGAAACUCUAACGCCUACGGCAUCGGGGCCCUGGCCAAGUCGUCAUUCUCAGGGAUCUCACGAAGCAUGAAGGACCAUGUGACAAAGCCCACAGCCAUGGGGCAAGGCCGGGUAGCCCACAUGAUUGAGUGGCAGGGCUGGGGGAAGGCACCAGCCAUUCAACCACAACACAGCCACGAGGCCGUGCGCAGGGAUACGGACGCCUACUCUGACCUCAGCGAUGGCGAGAAGGAGGCGCGGUUUCUGGCAGGCGUCAUGGAACAGUUUGCUAUCUCAGAAGCCACACUUAUGGCCUGGUCGUCUAUGGAUGGUGAGGACAUGAGUGUCAACUCUACCCAGGAGCCACUGGGCUGCAAUUACAGUGACAACUACCAGGAGUUGAUGGAGAGUCAGGAUGGCCUUGCUCAAGCCCCCAUGGACGGCUGGCCUCACUCCUAUGUGUCCCAGGGCAUGUACUGUUUGGGUUCAUCGGAUGCCUGGGAAGCAAGCGACCAGUCCCUCAUUGCCUCUCCGGCUACAGGAUCCUAUCUUGGCCCUGCAUUUGAUGACUCACAGCCCAGCUUGCAUGACAUGGGACCUUCCCAACCUGCUUCGGGAUACUCUGCUCAGGAGCCUCCACCUUUGCUGGGGGGAGACACUGACUGGGCUCCAGGGGUGGGCGGGGUGGACCUGGCAAGGGGCUCUGCCGAGGAGGAAAAGAGGCCACUGGCCCCUGAGGAGGAAGAGGAUGCGGGAUGCCGGGACCUGGAGUCUCUUUCCCCGCGAGAAGACCCUGAGAUGUCCACUGCUCUCAGUCGGAAGGUGUCUGACGUCACAUCCUCGGGUGUGCAGUCCUUCGAUGAGGAGGAGGGUGAGGCCAACAAUUAGCUUCUUCCCACUCCACUCCUGCCUGAGGGGCAUGGCUGCAACCCGUACCCUCCCUACCCCCUGCAGCACAGCUGAACCUGGGCAGAAGACAGCGGGGAACCUGGGAGCUUCCAGUCCUUGCCCAGCAAGUGGAGGACCGGGAUUGGGUUUCAUCCAGGCUUAAACUCCAGAAACCACAGGUCUGGGGACUGAGACCCAGGCGACUGGAAGGCUGUGAACUUGGCAUAGCUGUGGGAGAAGGGGUCCACAGCCCGGGGCUUCCAAGUCUGUGCCCAUGAAGUCUCCAGAGUGUGCAGCCUGAGGACAGGGGCAUGCAGUGGCUGUGCUGGAGACUGGAUCGCAGCUCUCCACUCCCUGAUGUCGUCUUCCAGGAGCCUUGGCUGUGCUGUCUGAAUGCCUCUGUUCCAUUUCACUCUUGCUUUUCCCAACUGUUUCCUCUGGCUGUGGCCCCAACCCCUCCCUACUGCAAGCAGCAGAGCUCAGGGGCUGCUGGACAUGGCCUUGACGUGGCCUUGACAGCCUGCUGAGUGUGGUGUGGCUGCCCUCUGCGGGUGACUGGGCUUCUAAGAUCAGGACUCGAGGAGAAGGUGGACGUGGCUACUGGGGUUUAUUGGGGGCACAAGCGUGACUCCUUACAGCAAGGCCUGUUCAGAGACAAGAGGGUCACUGAUGAGACCAAGAACUAAUGUGGCUGGAAGGAGGACUCUCAGGAUCUGGGAAAAGACCCAGCUGGGGCUGGCUGCUCCAGUCUUGCUCCUUUUUCUGCCUUCUUCUGUCCCCUGCUCCAGGAGCCUUGACCCUGAGGGUGAGGCGAUAUCCGUCUCAGAUAUGCUGACACAGGAUGCAGGUGUCCCUGCCAGUGGGGGGGGAAGCAUGGAGGCUGUGUCUCCCCCCACCCACCCCUAAUUCUCUGGAGCUGUUUACACUUUUCUCUUUGCCUUUUCUACAUUUUUAUAACUUACUGGGGACUCAGGGUUGAGCAGGGUGGAGGGAGGAGUCUGGUGCUGUCACUCCGUAGGCUAUGCUGGGUUGGCGGCUGAGGCCAGGCAGGUGCUCAGCUCCUUCUGUCCCUCCGCCAGUUCCUCCCAGGACUCCUAAGAUGUCCUCCACGGUGUCCUCCCUCCCUCCCGAGACCGCCUGUCGGAGGAAGAGAGGAGAAUCUGUGCAGUCUUACUUCCAGGAUGGUUUACAGUGAGGCACGAGUUUGCCUGCCCACACUGUUUCCACUCUCGGGUGGCAGAGGGGGUGGGCGGAGGGGGAGAGGUGCUGAGAGCAUCAUGGGAUGCCAGCACUGUUGUGAGAGCACAUGACUGCAGGGAUGGGCAGAGGAGAGCUGGCAAGCGCCUGGCCCCUCUCUCAGUAGUAGCCCACCCCUGGCCCUUGGCAUAGGCAGUGUUUGGGGCAGAGAGAAGCCUGAGAGGUUCACUGCCCAGCUUUCCUCUUUCCUUGUGCCCAUCUAAGGCUCCAGCAUCCUACCCAUGCUCUGGUCCUCUGCUGGGAGGGGAGCACAGUUGUCCCCAGGGCACAAACCACCCCUUACCCUUAAGUCCCGGACUGUGAUUGCUUGGAAAUGAGGAGGUUGAGAGUUGGGGGGUUUCUGUCCAUCUUUGACCCUGCCUUUCCACAUCAAGUUCACACACUUGUACACAUACGGGCAGCAGUCCUGUGUCUUCAGGGGAGGGGGAUGAUGGUCAUCUCGAUUGGUGCUUGGAGGAAGCCUAGGAGUAGGUGUGGUGAGCCCACGUGGCUGAGCAGUCACUUAUCCCAGAUAACGCUGCCUGAGUGGGAGGCAGCCGCUGUGUUUAUGGAUGUUUCCUGACUUGGCGUACCAGCACCUCAUCUAGGAGUUUUGGGAAGUGGUCCAGGACGACCAUGCCCAGUCUCCUGCCACAGGCCCUGUGGGGGUUUGCAUGUUCACGUCACCCUUCUCCCUGGGGGUCUCUCUGCCUGUGCAACCUGCUCUAUCUUCUUCAUCUCCGUCUCUUAGUGCUCCAUAGUCUUCACCGGAUCUCAGUGGGUGUCCAGUCCAGCGAGUGCGUUCAUUAUUACGGCUGCUUUUUGCUCAGGGCCCUGGGGAGUUAGGAAGGGCAGACUCGAGCAGCUUUCUUCCCGCUCUCCCUUGCCUAAGAAGACAAAUGGUUCCUGAGGAAAGGCGACUAAAGAUCUCGGGUUCACACGUGAGCAGGGCCGUGGCACUGCCAGGGUGCUGGCACACUGCCGCGGUCUGGAGGCAGCAGGUGGGGUGUGCCGUUCUGAGGCACCCCAACCCACCUUGAAGGGAGAGAAGACCCCAGGAGCUGGCCCGGGACCAUCUGGGGACUCUUCUUGGAAGGGGGGACUGCUUCCCUGGUGCUGGGGCAGGGUGCAUGGGGUUUGCUUCUAGCCUAUUUUAGCAGGAGGGGAGGGGCAUGUGCAGGAAGAGGCUGCUGGGGGGUGGGGAAGGGUUGCUUUUUAUUUGGGGUUAAAGGCUGUGCAGCACGUGUUACAGCAGUCCUGGAGCAGGGCUGUUUUUCUAUUCCUGUGAAUGAAACUGCUCUUGCUAAAUGAUUUUCUUUGGGGGUGGGGGGACCUAUGCACUUUCUUUUUCAAUUGACUUUAUUAAAUGAAAACCCAGAUCUUC